AAUUUAGCAAUAGACGCUGGUCGCCACGUCCGCGCGCACCGGCCGCCACCGCUAAUUUGAUUUGAAUUUCGGAAAUUCGUGCUACCUCGGCUCCCGCGCAAUUUCGUUCUUUUUUUUAAAUUGUCGUUAUCGAAUUAAAAAUGGUGGAUUGAAAUGAUUUAUUUGAAAGACGGGGAUGGCAGAGGUGACAACUUGUACAUGAGUUUCGCCAAUAUGGCUUUGUAAAGGAAAUUGUGCUGGAAUAUUCGGACCUCUUUGAAUGUGUUAUGAAUUCAUGUGUUUUGGACUCGAGAUAAGGAGCCGUAGUACACCGACCCCGCCAGAAGGCCGCCUGCUACAACGUAGAAUCGGAAGGUUCCCCAGUCGCCACUUGUGACCCAUGGAGACCAUUCUCGCCCAGCCCACAUAUCUGAUCGGAAACCGCUUCACGAAGAAAACCUUCCCUGGCCGAGUGCCACACAUACAAUAUCAUCUCUGUCGCUCGAACACAAACAUGCUUCUUAAAAUCGAGAACGAAUUACUACAGAGUCACCGUCAGAGAGAGACAACCGGUAUCAAAAAGUUAUACAACUCGUUCUUCGUCCUAUUUUAACGUAUUCGCUAGUUUUCUACCCCUCAUCAUCAUUUCAUUCAUCAUCCAGUGACUUUUGUGCAGUGGCAUGGCCGUUUUGUGAUGGAAUUUUAUUCGGAAGAAAAGGACUAUAUUAUGAAUGAUACUCGUAAAGAGGAUAAUUACACUUGGGAGUCUAGUGUGAGGCUGGCUUUGGUGGGGAGGGAGGAGGAGCUAGGGAUGUACCUCGAGGAGCGGGAGGGGAGGAAGCGGAAGUGGGCGGGGGAGGGGAAGAUGAUGCGGAGGGACGACAGCGAGGAGAAGGAGCAGCGGAAGGUGCCGCCCAAGAAGGUUAUUGCCGCCUUGAGCGAUAUGGGCGGCAGUGGCACCAGCUCCUCGUCAUCUCACAUGUCUCCCGGCUGGCAGGUCAACGACCUGGACCUCGACCUGCCCGGGGAACUGUCCAUGAACGAGGCGCUGCUAUCGCUGCCGUCGUUAGCAGUCUUCAAACAGGAGGCACCUUCUCCGACUGGCGCUGUCCUGUCUCCGCCACGCCGCACCUGGCCUCUGCGAAGACCUGAUGAGAGACAGAUCAGCACGGAUAAUACGGAUACACAGCAAGGGUACGCUGUGGCGGACAGGGAUUUCAAGAAUUUAUGGGAGAUCACCAGCAUGGUGGUCGACAGCGGUCGCGACCCCAUGGAGGAAGGCUCCUGCCAGCAGUCGCCGCCGCACGCCGGCAACAUGAUGGUGCAGCAUGGCAGUCCCGAGAGCAUGCAGUGCCAGCCGGCGAUGCCUCCCGGUACCAUGAUACCCAUGAACGGGUACCACUCGCCCGGCGCUCAGGAGAACAAGAAUGCAGGUCUGCUGAUGUGCUCCUCAGUGGGAUCCCUCGACGGGUUCCUACACUCGCCCAUACAACAGCGCUCCGAAGCCAGCUUCAAGGAUGACACCAGAUUCCAGUACGUGCUAGCGGCAGCCACGUCCAUAGCUACAAAACAGAACGAAGAGACCCUCACAUACCUCAAUCAGGGCCAGCCCUACGAGAUCAAACUCAAGAAACUGGGCGACCUGUCUCACUACAAGGGCAAGAUCCUUAAGAGCGUGAUCAAAAUCUGCUUCCACGAACGUCGGCUGCAAUACAUGGAACGCGAGCAGAUCGCCCAGUGGCACAACGAGAGGCCCGGCGAGAGGAUCGUAGAGGUGGACGUGCCGCUGUCGUACGGCGUGAUCCGCGUGGAGCAGCCCGCCUGCCUCAACGCGCUGCACGUCUACUGGGACCCCACCAAAGAUGUCGGCGUCUACAUCAAGGUCAACUGCAUAUCAACAGAGUUCACAGCCAAGAAGCACGGCGGUGAGAAGGGGGUCCCCUUCCGUAUCCAAGUGGAGACAUACCUCGCCAGCGACGAGCUGACCCGCCUACAUGCGGCUGCUUGCCAGAUCAAGGUAUUCAAACUGAAGGGCGCCGAUAGGAAACACAAACAGGACAGAGAGAAAGUGAUGCGUCGUCCUCGCUCUGACCUUGAGAAGUACCAGCCGGGGUGUGAAGCCACUGUCUUAACUACGCUGUCAAACGACGCGUUGAUGCCGCCGCCAUCUUUGGUCACUACGUCACCGCCGUAUUCUCCAGAGCUAUGUGUGGCACCGAAGACUGUUGCAAGCCCCAUCCCGGUGAGCAAACCAGUUAUACCUCAACAUGCUAUUCUUGCCUCGACCAAUCAGAUGAAGCCGUCGUAUUGCCAAGAAGCGAACGACGUGAAAGUGUCAUCCCCGCCGUGCCACUCGCCCGGCGCCAUACUGCCGGACUUGCCGCAGCCAGCCGAAGAUCCCGAUAAGCUAUGUGGACAGAACUCCGGCCUGUCGAAGGAGGCCUCGUCGUCCGAGACGCAAGCCUGGCUCGCGCGACACCGCUUCGCGCAUCACGCUGCCACGUUUACCAACUUCUCUGGAGCUGAUCUUCUCAGGUUGUCCCGAGAUGACAUCAUCCAGAUCUGUGGACUGGCGGACGGAAUACGUCUAUUUAAUGCUCUGCAUGCCAAACGUAUCGAGCCCCGGCUGACGGUGUACGUGUGUCCGGCGGGCAGCAACAUCUACAGCGCGCUGUACCUGCACGCCUGUCGCGCGCACGAACUCAGGAACAAGCUCAACACGCUCGUGCACGCCACCAAGGAAUGCGAGACAGUCCUUGUGUCCGGUCCGAACGGCGCCCGCGUGCGUCUGACCGACGAUCUGGUGCGACACAUGCCCGACAACUCCACCUACCGGCUGGAGAGGGUCGACGACAGCAGUGUGUUGCUGCUCAGCGCUACCAACAACAACUGAGGAUCCGUGUGAAGUGUGGAGGAGGCGGAGACAGAUGGAGAGUGGGAGGAGGCGAGGAUAUAAUACUAGACUAAAAAGAUUGGACGUGACUUGAACGGAAAUGACGAAAACAUACACUCCCAACUAAGGGAUGUUAUGUUAUGAUGCUAAAAAUCAUGAUUCUGGACGAGAAUUUGAAGAAUUAUGGUCAAACUGACUGUAGGAUGUCGAUAGAUACUGAUUACUCAUGCAAAACAGUAUUCAGCCGAAUCCGGUCAGGCUGGAAGAUACACUUAAACUUCGUUUGGUAUAAGACCAUGCAGGAGACUUGAACUGAUGCUAUGAUUAGUUCAAAAAUGAAUUUCAAAUAACGGUAAAUAUCUUUCCAAGAUGUUUAUUGAGACUACUCGGUUAUGUCUUUUAAAUCAAGAAUUACUAGGAAUAGGUUUGAGGCCUAUUUUAACAUGAACUGAUUCUAAUGCUGUGUGCCGUUUAGAUAUUGGUUUGAAUAAAACAGUGAUAACAUACCAAAAAAUAUUGUUUUAUAAAUAAAUACUGUUUUAUAAUAAAACUUAAAUAGUUCUUUCGCUACUUCACACCUUUAAGUGUCAGUUGAGUUGAGACUUAACGGCGACUUAAAAGUAAGUAGAGUAUCGGUAUUUGUUCAUAAGCUUAAUAAAAGCUGAUAUUUAUAUUAAUUGGAAAAUGUAUGGUAUAAAAUAUGCCAGAAAAAUAUCUUGCCUUGGAUUUAAAAAGAAAUUGUCGAAAGCAAUUUCAUUAUAUGAAGUCAAUUGAUUUAUUCUUUGUAAUCGGCUUAUUCCUGAAUUUAUUUCUUAAUGUCAAUUUUUGUGGAGGUAAUAUUGUAUGUUGUACAGCUGAAUCCGGUGAGACUGGAAGCCGAUACCAACAUAGCUUUAAAAAAGAUGACAGCAAAAAUGAUAAAUUGAAAAUUCUAUUUUUUCUGUAUUGGUUUAACAUAUGGUAUUAACAUAAUAGCUAAGCCGUACCCACUAGUUGACCUGUGUUUUGGCUUCAUAAACAGCCUAUGAUAUCACAAAUAAGGUGGCUAUCCAUUGGUAAGUAUUUUCAAAAUCGGUUCUCUACAAUGUCACAAUCUUCCUCUUUAUAAUGUUAUCCUAGAUUUAAUUUCAAAGAAAGCCUGAUAUUGUAUAUCUCAAUUGGACUUUCAUGAACUGGAUUCGACUAUAAAAUAUAUAUCAUUAAUGUAAGUUUGUAUGUUUGAAUGUUAAUUAAUUAUAGAAAGGGGCCAUGGAGUAAAUCUUGUCAUAAAAUCUCACUCAUCAUCAUAUCUUAGUUUUAAAAACAAAUAUAUUUUAUCUAUUCUCUAGUUUUAAGAUAUUAUUUACAGUUAAAACUGUGUCUAUUUUAAAUACUCUAUAGUAAAACUAAUUCGAUAAUGUAAAUUAUUAUUUAAAUAAAACAGGAAGUACAAUUUCCCUAUUUUUCCUACUGGUAACACUUAUCCAUAGGUAGCCUAAAGUGGCAAUACUAAAUGGGAAUUAUUUUACAUGAAAUUCAAUAUUUUUGUACAAAUUAUUUUUUCACGUUUACAGUUAUUUUUCAAUGAUCGCAAUAAUAAUUAUUUACAUUAUUGACUUAAAUUAGUUAAGUUUAUUAUUCCGUAUUUUUAAUUCGGUGCAACAUUGCACCAUAGUGUAAUAGCGUGAAGGUAGACACGGGUCUAUGUGUUGAUUAUUUGUUAAGUGUAACGAGCGAGACUUGUGCCCAACAUAGCGGCCUGUCCCACCGUUGGGCAAAGGCCUCUUAUCGCAGAGAAAGAACGAGCAGUGAUCAACACGAUUGCUCACUGCUGGCGAUUUCGAAUUGAACGUUUCCUCACUAUAUUUUCCUUUAAUAACUAUUAGACUGGUUUUAAAACAUACAAAUCUGUAUUAAAGAACAAUAAAUACAUAACAAAAUAUCGCCCUCACUUAGUAUUCCCGUCUUUAGCAUUUCCAAACGGAAUAUAGAGACUUAUGAUCGUCAUUUUGCAAAGAGUCGUUAACGCAGGACAAAACCAAUCACAUGAUAUUUUUAUAAGCCUUUCAAAAUCCGUGUGGAUUUUAAGUGUUGUGGUGCAGGUCUCGUCUAAUAUGCGUGUCAUAUAAUAAGGGCAGCUGCACGCCUCGUAUAUAAGUUAGCUUUAAUAUCGGUUGUUAUGUAAUCACAGAUUAUAAUUGUUAUUAGUUAGUGCAUGUUAGAUAAUUUAAUAUAUCAUAUUUUAUGUUGGACUAGUUUCAAGUGUUUUCGUUGUCAUUAAAACCACUGCAAUUUUGGUAUUUAAAAGUUCUGAGGGCCUAAAUAUUUAAAUUUUAUUAACAAUUGCAAUUAAUUAAAAUUGUAAGAAAAUAACUUGUUUUUAGAACAAGUCGUGGCUACAAAAUGUCAGUUCCAUUUAAGCCAUUCGUUCAGAGAAAUUUAAAUUGUCAACAUAUCCUUGUCUAAAAAGUUGUGAUCAAAUAUUACAAGCAGUGUUUUGAAACGUGGUUUUGAAUCAGGUGCCUUAAAAGUGCCUAACACGACCUCUGGGUCAGCGCUGUUGCAUUACGGAGUAUUAUGAUAAAAUAUUUUGUAAGAUUAUUAGUGAUCGGAAUAAGAUAUUAUGUUGCAUGUAUAGUUAUAGUAAAUGUAUGAAGUAUAUAGUCAAUAAAUGUAUAAAAGACCA